AUGGGUUCCAGUUCAGUUACUACUGAAGAUAAAAAUACUGAUAACACCAAUUCAUAUCUGUUUUUCCUAGCAGUUGUGCAAAGCCUAAAGGAACAUUCUAUUAAAAAUCAGUUAUCAGUAUACGUAACAAAGAAUGAGUAUAAAAAAUUGUCUUUGCAUAACCUCAUUCAUCAAUACAAAAAUGAAGGCAAUAAUAUAAAUAGUGCAGAUGAUUUUAUUGAUUAUUGCUCUACUAAAAUCACCAUAGAAAAAUGUCACAAAGCAGAGGAAGCAACAGUUUGUCAAGCUAGUUCACCGUUAUGGCAUGAGUUAAGGUAUUGUAGAAUAACCGCGUCUAAAGUUCACGAAGCUGCACAUUGCAAGACUCCUGAUGGUGCUUUGAUUGAACAAAUAUUUGGUGCCUCUGUACCCGAGACUCUGUCUAUGAAAAGAGGCAAACGAUUGGAAUCCAAUGUCAGAGCAGAAGUAGCCAAAACAAGGAAAAUAGUUAUUGAAAAUUGUGGUUUUUUUUAA